CAAUACCCCACGUUUGCUUUCUUUUUCUUUUCUUUCCUUCUGAUUUAUUUGAUUUAAUCCCUCCCUGUACCCCUUCAAAAAUAACUCACGACCAGCAUGACCUCCAGACUAGAUCGUCUCGUCACGUGAGUGUACCUAUCAUGCAUCUUUAUUUACCUGCUGGGUUGUACCUGGGUAUGGAGGAAGUAGCUGGUUACUGAUCGCUAGGGCAGAUUACUCGAGACAGGCAGCACUCCUCUUAUUCGAAAUACCGCCGCUCAGCAGCUGGCCGAUGUUCAGAAGCAACAUCCUGAUGAGCUCUUUAACCUCCUAGGUCGCAUUCUCCCCUACCUCAGGUCGAAAUCAUGGGAUACCAGGACAGCCGCCGCCAAGGCUAUGGGCCUCAUUGUCACAAAUGCAGACAUAUUCGAUCCCAAUGAAGACGAUGGUCACGAUAUCAAGAAGCCCGAGGAAGAUGACAUCGAUGUUCAAAUCAAGUCGGAAGAGGAACAGGCUGCGUCCGCGGACGACCAACUGCUGCGCCUGGAAACGUUGGAUAUCACAGCCGUCCUAAAGCAUGGAAAGAGGCUGUUGGGCAGCGGGGGGAAAGACUACGAGUAUUUAUUGGCUGGCAUGGACCCAGCCGCCCGGCUACAGCACCAGAAGAAGACGUUAGCCGCACGACUGGGGCUCGCAGGGGAGUACGUCGAGGAGGAUUGGAUCGAUGACGCCGAUCUGGUGCUAAAACAGACCCCGGGCUCGAAAGAGAAGCUGGCCACCAUUUUUUCCUCAAAGGAGAACCAUCAUCUCCAUUCCACAGCCCAGCAACCCCUUCCAUCGCCUAGCGAACCCGCGAAUGGCGAAGAGCCGGGCCUGAGUAAGCGACAGCUCAAUCAACUAAAGCGCAAAAAUAAACAGAGUGCCAAGAUGGGUGCGAAUAAAGUACGAGUGGUCGACCUGUCCGCACGUAGGACAUCGGAGAAUGUCACCACGCCGUCUGCCGGCACUCCUCAUCCUAUCAAAACAGAGAAUGGAGAAGGGCGGAAUGGUGACGCAAAAGCAGACUAUUUUUCCCUUGAUAGGCCCGCGGGCGAGGAUGAUGACUCCAAGAUAGUGUCCGAGUUUAAGGGCGAAUCUGUUCCCGAGAGGCCUUUCAUUCAGCCCGAACUCCUUGAUGAUGGACCCAGCCUUGCGUGGCCGUAUGAGCCCAUGUGCGAAUUUCUCAUGGUGGAUAUUUUUGAUCCUAACUGGGAGGUUCGACACGGUGCAGCGAUGGCCCUUCGCGAGGUUAUUCGUGUUCAAGGUGCUGGAGCUGGACGCUUACAUGGGAAAACUAGAGCCGAAAAUGACGCUUUGAAUCGAACGUGGUUGGAUGAUCUUGCCUGUCGUCUCCUUUGUGUUCUCAUGUUGGAUCGUUUUGGGGACUACAUUUCUGAUAAUGUUGUUGCCCCCAUUCGUGAAACCGUCGGUCAGACACUCGGUGCCCUGUUAUCCCAACUCCCCUCGCGAUCCGUCAUCGCCGUCUACAGGUGUCUUUACAGGAUUAUCAUGCAAACAGAUCUGGAUCUUGACCGCCCAAUUUGGGAGGUUUGCCACGGCGGCAUGAUUGGUCUUCGAUACUUGGUGGCCGUACGCAAGGACCUGCUCGUCAAGGACUCGAACCUCAUGGACGGUGUUUUGGAGGCAGUGAUGAAGGGCUUGGGUGACUACGAUGACGACGUACGGGCCGUGAGUGCUGCAACCCUAGUGCCGAUCGCUGAGGAAUUUGUCAAUUCACGACAAGCCACUUUGGGCACCCUGAUGAACAUCGUUUGGGACUGUCUUUCGAACCUUCAAGAUGAUCUUAGUGCCAGCACCGGAUCUGUUAUGGAUCUCCUCGCGAAACUGUGCACGUUCCAGCAAGUCCUCAAUGCUAUGAAGGAGAAUGCCGCUGUAGAUCCGGAAUCAUCAUUCGGGAACCUUGUCCCUCGUCUUUACCCAUUCCUGCGACAUACUAUCACGAGUGUGCGAUCAGCAGUACUUCGGGCGCUCUUAACAUUCCUACAGCUUGAAGGUGAGGGUACCAAUGAUUGGGUAAAUGGCAAAGCUCUACGGUUGAUCUUCCAAAACUUGUUAGUAGAGCGGAACGAGGGUGUUCUCAAGGUAUCUCUCCAAGUCUGGGCUGAGUUACUCAAAGCUUUGGAGCAUCGGGGAUCGUUCAACCCGGAUACCGAUUUGUCCAGCCAUAUCACACCUCUGAUCACUUUGAGCAUCGCACCCUUCGGCGUUCCCCGGUAUCCUAUUCCUAUGAAUGCUUCACUCUUCAUUAAGCCAUCUGGCGUACCCUACCCUACGAGUGCAUCGAUCCCAGCUAGAUCAUCACCAACCUCGGCAGUUGCAACCGUUGAUGGGCCCAAAAAGCGCGGGCGUAAAGCCGAGAAAAAAGAAGCUCCUCCUCCACCUUCCGCCCAUAAUGUUGACGGGCAUAUGCUCCAGGGCGAUAUUGAUCUGGUAGGUGUUGAUACCAUGUUGAGAUCCAAGAUAUAUGCCGCCAAGGCGCUGGGUCAACUUCUUUCCUUCUGGGACAGGAACAAACUCGCCAGCCUUUGGGAACCAAUUUUGGAAGGCGUCGUCCACCCUGCCUCCUCGUCGCAGCUUUCCUCAGCCAUGAUUGUGGAGGAGUAUGCCAAGUUUGCUGGAGCAAAGGGCAAAUACACCACUUCUCUGUGUGAUAAGCUCAGAGUCAUUCUCGAAGAGGACCGUCCCAUGUGGUAUAGUGACAUUGCAUGCUACUUGCAGGUUGCCCGGGCACAAUGUCACUCGCUACUAAAUGCCUUCCGAGACCAUGCGCAUGUGCCAGGCGCGAAACUACCAACUCUGGCUGUCGUUGUUCAGGGGGAGUCCGAUGCGGGCCCCAAUGCCUUCUCGUUAUCCGAUGCCGAAAAGGUGGUUGGGCCUGACUUCGAUAGGCUGAAGAAGGGCCUAGCACCUGCUCAGCGCAUCACCGCUCUUCAAGUUUUGAAUGACACUCGGGUUACAGCCGAAAAUGCGAUUGGUGAAGCAAGAGAUGUCCGAGAGCAGAGAGAUUUGCGGAUUAAGGCUGCAGCCGCGGGGGCAUUGGUUGCAUUCCAUGAUAUUCCCAAGAAGCCGGGUCUUAUUAUUAAGGGCAUGAUGGACAGCAUUAAGAAGGAAGAGAAUGCUGAACUUCAGCAAAGAUCUGCCACCGCCGUUGCUACUUUGGUUGAACACUACACCGCUGCUUCAAAACGAGGCCCUGUCGACAAGGUUAUCGGCAAUUUGGUCAAAUACUGUUGUGUUGACACCUCUGAAACCCCUGAAUUUCACCACAAUGCAAACUUGGAGCAGUCCAUCUUGUCUCUUCGUAAGGAAGAAGACCGAAGAGACCAUCCGGAUGCCGCGAGGUUUGAGAGGGAGACAAAGGAAGCAAAAAUUAUGCGUCGGGGUGCGAAGGAUGCUCUGGAACAAUUGGCAGUCAAGUUUGGCGCAGAGCUCAUGGAAAAGGUUCCCAACCUCGCAUCAUUGGUUGAGCGACCCCUCAAAGAAGCUCUGUCCGCAGACCUUCCUUCUACCAUCCUCGACCCGGCCGAUGAGUUGGGCCAGGAGGUUGUUGAUGGACUGUCCACUCUGCGAGCCUUGCUGCCCAAGUUCGACACUGGUCUGUAUCCCUGGGUUGUUGACCUCAUGCCUCUGAUCGCCAAGGCCCUUCAGUGUCGACUCUCUGUCAUCCGAUAUGCGGCAGCUAAGUGUUUCGCCACCAUCUGUAGCGUUGUCACGGUGGAAGGCAUGACUAUGUUGGUGGAGAAGGUCCUGCCUACCAUCAACAAUGCGCUGGAUGUCCAUCACCGCCAAGGAGCUGUGGAGUGUAUUUACCACCUUAUCCAUGUGAUGGAAGAUGGUAUUUUGCCAUACGUUAUUUUCCUGGUCGUCCCUGUGCUCGGAAGAAUGAGUGAUUCCGAUAAUGAUGUGAGACUGCUUGCUACAACCUCAUUCGCUACCUUGGUCAAGCUUGUUCCCCUGGAAGCUGGUAUUCCAGACCCACCUGGUCUAUCGGAGGAGUUGCUGAAAGGACGUGAUCGGGAGCGGAAGUUCAUGUCACAGAUGUUGGAUUCGCGGAAAGUCGAGGAGUUUCAGCUGCCCGUCGCUAUUAAGGCGGAGCUUCGGCCGUAUCAGCAAGAAGGUGUCAACUGGCUCGCAUUCCUUAACCGCUACAAUCUCCACGGCAUUCUCUGUGAUGACAUGGGCCUUGGUAAGACUCUCCAGACAAUUUGCAUUGUGGCCAGUGAUCAUCAUCUGCGAGCGGAAGAGUUCGCCCGCACUCAGGCUCUGGAGGUGCGAAAGCUCCCGUCCUUGAUUGUUUGCCCUCCAUCCCUCUCUGGCCAUUGGCAGCAGGAGGUGAAACAGUAUGCGCCGUUCCUCAACUGUGUCGCUUAUGUUGGGCCACCCGCGGAACGCUCGAAGCUGCAGAAUGCCCUAGCCGGUGCUGACAUUGUUGUGACGUCCUACGAUAUCUGCCGAAACGACAACGACUUCCUCAGAUCCAUCAAUUGGAACUAUUGUGUUCUAGACGAGGGUCACCUUAUCAAGAACCCCAAGGCAAAGGUUACUAUUGCGGUCAAGCGGAUCAUCAGCAACCACCGCCUGAUCCUCUCUGGCACUCCUAUUCAAAACAAUGUCCUCGAACUGUGGUCCUUGUUUGACUUCCUGAUGCCUGGUUUCCUUGGCACGGAAAAGGUCUUUCUGGACCGUUUCGCGAAGCCGAUCGCCGCGAGCCGUUUCAGCAAGUCGUCAUCGAAAGAACAGGAGGCUGGCGCCCUGGCAAUCGAGGCUUUACAUAAGCAGGUGCUUCCUUUCUUGCUGCGCCGCCUCAAGGAAGAGGUCUUGAACGACCUGCCACCGAAGAUCAUUCAGAACUAUUACUGUGAUCCCAGUGAGCUCCAAAGGAAGCUGUUUGAAGACUUUACGAAGAAAGAGCAGAAGGCGCUCCAGGAGAAGAUGGGAAGUUCGGAAAAAACAGACAAGGAACAUAUCUUCCAAGCUCUGCAAUACAUGCGUCGUCUGUGCAAUUCCCCCGCUCUUGUCGUCAAGGAAGGACACAAGCAGUAUGCCGAGGUCCAGCAGUACCUGCAGGCUAAGAACUCGCAGAUCCGAGAUGUGUCGCAUGCACCUAAGCUUAGUGCUUUGCGCGAUCUGCUUCUAGACUGUGGAAUUGGUAUCGACCCACCAAGUGACGGGGACCUCGCCACUGGCGCUAGCUAUGUGAGCCCCCACCGAGCUCUGAUCUUUUGUCAGAUGAAGGAAAUGCUUGAUAUUGUGCAAACCGAGGUUUUGCGGAAACUUCUUCCUUCCGUCCAGUAUCUUCGUCUGGAUGGCAGUGUUGAAGCAACCAAACGUCAAGAUAUUGUCAAUCGAUUCAAUUCGGAUCCAAGUUACGAUGUCUUGCUGUUGACUACGAGCGUUGGCGGACUGGGUCUGAAUCUAACAGGUGCUGAUACCGUCAUCUUUGUGGAACACGACUGGAACCCGCAGAAGGAUAUUCAAGCUAUGGACCGAGCACAUCGUAUUGGUCAGAAGAAGGUGGUCAAUGUCUAUCGCUUGAUUACACGGGGAACUUUGGAGGAGAAGAUCUUGAGUCUGCAACGAUUCAAGAUCGACGUCGCAUCCACUGUUGUCAAUCAGCAAAACGCAGGAUUGAACACGAUGGACACCGAUCAACUUCUGGAUCUCUUUAAUCUUGGUGAAACAGCCGAGAACGCAGAGAAGCCCUCGGAACACGCCGCAGGCAAUGAAGUUGACAUGGUGGAUAUCGACGGUGAAGUUAAGGAGAAGGGCAAGAAGGGAUGGCUCGACGAUUUGGGAGAGCUGUGGGAUGAUCGUCAGUACCAGGAAGAGUACAAUCUGGAUUCUUUCUUGUCCACUAUGAAGGGGUGAUUGAUAUAUUUUUUUUUUUUACCUUUCCAUGCGGUCUUGCACCUGGACUAGAUAGAUGGCUGGGUUUUGUCUUCUUUUUCUCUGGCGGUUUCCGGCUUGGAGUUUGGCUGGUGGAUUUCUUCUGCCUUGAUGAUUAUUAUUGACGAAAUGAUCUGCAUGGCACGAAGACCAAGGAUAGAAUUGGCU